UGGCGUGGGGGGGGGUCCGCAGCGAAAACAAAGAUGGCGGCCGCGCCGGGGUUGGUGGCCGGGACGGCUGCGGGCCGACGCGCGGGCCAGGCCCACUGAGGCAGCGGCGCAGCGGGCAGGUUGCAGGGUCGCCGCGGCAGCGAGAAGCCGGCAGGGGCGCGCGGCGACCCUAACUUCCAGCCGGCGAGCGCGCCGGCACCCGCCCGCCGGGCCGGCCGGACGCGAUGUCCGGCGCCGAGGAGGCCGGCGGGGGUGGCCCGGCUGCGGGGCCCGCGGGUGCCGUGCCGGCCGGGGUCGGGGUAGGGGCCGGGCCUGGGGCUGCCGCGGGGCCGGCUGCGGCGGCUCUGGGCGAGGCGGCGGGGCCCGGGCUCCCGGACGAGGCGGGCCUGGCCGGCGCUCGGCAGCUGCAAGAGGCGGCCGGCGACCCUGACGCGCCGCCCAAGAAGCGGCUGCGGGCGGCCGAGGCGGCCGAGGCGGCGGCGGCGGCGGUGGCAGCGGGCAGCGGGAAGCUGGAGGAGCGGCUGUACUCGGUGCUGUGUUGCACCGUGUGCCUGGACCUGCCCAAGGCUUCCGUGUACCAGUGUACUAACGGUCACUUGAUGUGCGCUGGCUGUUUUAUCCACCUACUAGCAGAUGCCCGGCUGAAGGAGGAGCAGGCCACAUGUCCCAACUGUCGUUGUGAGAUCAGUAAGAGCCUCUGCUGCCGGAACCUGGCCGUGGAGAAAGCUGUGAGCGAACUGCCUUCAGAGUGUGGCUUCUGUCUGCGUCAGUUCCCUCGCUCCCUCCUAGAGAGGCACCAGAAAGAGGAAUGCCAGGACAGGGUGACACAGUGCAAGUACAAGCGUAUUGGCUGCCCGUGGCAUGGCCCUUUCCAUGAGCUGACAGUGCAUGAAGCUGCAUGUGCUCACCCAACCAAGACAGGCAAUGAGUUGAUGGAGAUCCUAGAUGAGAUGGAUCAGAGCCACCGCAAGGAGAUGCAACUCUACAACAGCAUCUUCAGCCUGCUCAGCUUUGAGAAGAUUGGCUACACAGAGGUUCAGUUCCGGCCUUAUCGCACUGAUGACUUCAUCACACGCCUGUACUAUGAAACACCACGGUUCACAGUACUGAACCAGACAUGGGUCCUGAAGGCUCGUGUGAAUGACUCGGAGCGCAACCCCAACCUGUCGUGCAAGCGCACACUUUCCUUCCAGCUACUCCUCAAGAGCAAGGUCACAGCGCCCCUGGAGUGUUCUUUUCUUCUGCUCAAGGGCCCAUAUGAUGAUGUGAGGAUCAGUCCUGUCAUCUACCACUUUGUCUUCACCAAUGAGAGCAACGAGACGGACUAUGUGCCGCUGCCCAUCAUCGACUCUGUGGAGUGCAACAAGCUGCUGGCUGCCAAGAACAUUAACCUGCGGCUCUUCCUGUUCCAAAUACAGAAGUAGGCUGGGCCCAGGACACCUGAGGAGCAGAAAGCUGCAGUCCAGUAGUGCUGUCCCACCCCUCCCUGGCUUGGCAGCAGCUUCACACAACUAUGAUCAUUUUAGCAAAGGAGGAGAACAAACAAAAUCAAACAUUGAGAAAGUCUGCAUGCGUGUGCAAUGGGGUCCCCGCCUCUGGCUCACCUUCCUCCCCUUUGCCUCCCACCUCCUGCAGGCAGCCAGAGGCUGGGCUGACCACAGUGGAAACAGUACUCUGGGCUCCUCAGGCACAGGUGGUGAGGAGGGCAAGAAGCCAACCACCCUUACCCCAGCUCCCAUCCUCUCAUCGAGGUGGCACGGUGGUUCUCUGGCCAGGCUCAGGGGCCCUGGCUGACUUCAGACAGCAUAUUUGAUUGCAAUUAAAAAGGCAGCCUUGUUUC